AGACCUUGUUUACAUUUUAUAAGACACAUGUGGAUCCACGUUCCUUAUUUUAUUAUAGGUCGAGUUUAGCAUAGAGUUCUCAUUGUUAUGCUUGGUAUUUCUUUCUUACAUGCUCAUGCUUUAUUUGGAGAUUAUGUGCAAGAUAAAGUCCUUCCAAUUUCUGCCUAAACUUGUGCUUGUUAAUGGUUGGUGGAAAUUUUUGUAUUGGGGCUUAAGUCUAGGAAUUAACUGCAAGAUGGGGACAAAAUUCAAUAGAUUUUGUAUAUGGGAACUGAGUUCAAUAGAUUUUGCUAGUGAACUUGGACCAUGGAGCUCUGCAAAAUUCAUAGCAGAAUGAAAGUCAAGAAAGGAGAGAAAAGGGAACGGGCCAUCUUUCUUUUCAUUUCAGCAUAUCCAGUAAGAAUAAGAAUUAAAGUCAAAGAGGUGAAUGGCAAAAUAAAUAACUAUGGCUCAGACAAAAGAAAAUUGGGGAGGAAAAGAUAUGUAAUGAAAGAAGAAUGAUAGUUUAAAAAAAGAAAUGAAUAUUGUAGGCCAGCAGUCAGUCAGUUCACAGUUCUCUUCUUGACAUGUUGGGUUCCACUGUGAUUAGGCUGUUUCUAGGUUCCAUUAUUGCAGGUGAUGCCAUGGAAAUAUUGGCAGGAUUUGCACAUGUAAUGGAAGGGACUUACACACCAUGACAUGUUACGGAGAGAGAGAUGCUUAGUGAGAAAGCUGGCAAUGUUGAUGUGUUACAACAAUUUAGUAAGAGAGAGAGAGAAAGAGGGUUUCUGGAGGGGUAAUGUCCCAGCCUUGCUUAUGGUGAUGCCGUACACGGCAAUACAAUUUACAGUUCUGCACAAAUUGAAGUCAUUUGUUUCUGGUUCAUCCAAGUCAGGAGACCAUAUCAAUAUAAGUCCGUAUCUUUCAUAUGUAAGUGGGGCAUUAGCGGGAUGUGCAGCUACUGUUGGAUCCUAUCCAUUCGAUCUUAUAAGAACCCUUUUAGCUUCACAAGGGGAGCCAAAGGUUUAUCCUAAUAUGAGGGCUGCAGUCUCUGGUAUACUUGAAAGACGUGGUUUUCGAGGGCUGUAUGCUGGACUGACGCCCACCCUGAUCGAAAUAGUUCCUUACGCUGGAUUGCAGUUUGGGACAUAUGAUACAUUCAAACGUUGGACCAUGGUUUGGAAUCAGUACAGAUCAGGUUAUGAUAUGGGAGCCGAUGAUUCUCUCUCAAGCUUCCAGCUUUUCCUUUGUGGAUUGGCUGCUGGCACUUGUGCUAAAGCUGUAUGCCAUCCACUCGAUGUGGUGAAGAAGAGGUUUCAGGUCGAAGGGCUGCAACGUGAUCCAAGAUAUGGAGCUCGAGUGGAGCACCGUGCUUACAGAAACAUGUACGAUGCCCUACGCCAGAUUUUGCAUAAAGAGGGCUGGCCGGGUCUAUACAAGGGCAUCACACCAUCAAUUGUCAAAGCUGCGCCAGCAGGUGCUGUAACCUUUGUUGCGUACGAGCUCACGUCGGAUUGGUUAGAGACCCUUUUGACUUGAAUCUGUCUCUUCUUUCACCUUUCUCUUCUUCAACCAUUCAUUCCUUUUGCAUUAGAGCAAUUUUGUUACAGUUAAUCUUGAUAUGUCCCCUCAAAAUUGAGGGGUACCACCUGCAUAUUGUUUUGUACUAGGAAUAAUCCAUAGGCAUAGAUAUAGUCAAAACAGCAGAAAGUCAGUGAUGUUAUAGAUUUUAAUGAAACAACGUUUUGACUAUAUUACUAUUACUCUUGUAAUGAUCAUUUUGCUUCUCUAGAGUCUUGGAA